AUGGUCCAGAAUCCAAAGUCGCUUGUCCUUAGAACGGACAUCACCAGUCGUCCAGAAGAGCAGGAGCAUAAUCCACGUUCUCGACCUCAAAGUCCGGCUCUACUUCCACCGCCACUUAGCCCCCUGCCUAGUAUCGAGGUUACUGCUCCAACUGGCGAAACUGCUCAAGUUGCACCUCCUGCUUUUGAUAGAAGUCCAACUUCUCCAUCGAAUAAUAAUAACAAUAACGAACCCGCCAACUGGAAAGAACGAGAGGCUGAAUUCGAUCGUCAAUUCUGCUUUCCUCCCAGAAAUCCCGGUGAUUAUUUCCCACCAGCCAAUAUGCCAUCCCACCCGCCACCGGCCUAUACUUCGACGACCACCCCUACCUCUCCGACUCUCACGAAUCGUCAGCGCCGUCUCGGCCUCCCAAAACUCAAUUCAAGCCACACUCGUGUCUCGUCUGUCAAUCCAUCCAAAUCACCAAUCGAUGGGCGCAGAUGGCAUGAAAAACGUCGCAAUAUCGCUUCCGUCAUCGGACUCUCCCUUGUCCUUCUUCUCAUCGCCCUUCUGCUAAAUUUCUGCUAUAUUCUUCCAAGAAUCAGGAGGCUCAAUGAAGAGGUUAUUGACGAGAGCGAUGUUGUUCUUACUUCUGAUAUGCUUGCUGGGCACUGGAACAUGACUACCGCAAGAUUAGAAACCGUCUCAGCCGAGGAUACUACAGUUGUCGACAUGUGCAGUUCAAAGGAAUCUGAAUUUGAAAGAUGUGUUGAUAGUAGAUUCCUUGCCCUUGGAGCUGGUGAAAAAUACACUUUCGACCUCGACAUGAAUCCAGAUGGGACUUUCACUGGUAUCUUCUCCGAGGGCAUCUUCAGCCAAACUGGUAAAACUGAGGUCAAGUUGACGCCCAGUCGAUAUGGUUUAAUGUCCAGCUGGGUCUACCCCACAGAUGACAUUGAAGGGAAACUGUCGACCGAGGGCUGUUUCUACCAACGACCCGCUAUUGUCCGGGUUACUUUCGAGGAUGGUGUUGCAACUUACACGAUCACCGAAAAACAGAUGGUUUCAUCUGGUCCAACUUGCUCACUUCCUCAAGGAAGACGUAGCGACUACUGCCAAUGCGUGUUCAUCGGUACUCGACCAAAGACUCGGAAGAAUCGCCAGUAG